ACAGCUGCGAGUACUUUUGUCCCGUAAGCUCACUGUUUUUUAUUUACGCAAUUCAUCAGAAAUGUGAGGUCGAGUGAUAAUUUUCAAUAUUGGGGGUAAGGCAUGGAAAGCUGGUUUACUUUGAGUGCUUUACUGUAUAGUGUUCAUGUGAAAGGACUCAAAAAGGGCAGUUGAAGAAUGGAAAACAGUUCACAACCAACUACAAAUUCUGUAAAUAAGGGGUGUGGUCCAAAUACUCGAAUAUCUAUACAUGUAAAUCCCACCACAGGGGGCGAUUUCUACCUCACCGUCGAAAACGACAUUACAGUUGAUAAUUUCAAGAAAUUAGUAUCUAAAAGGCUCAAAGUGUCCAGGGACAGAAUAUCUUUACUCUUCAGAGACAAACAAUUACAAAAUGGAAAUUUAAUUCAAAACGGAAUAUCUGAUGGGUCCAGAAUAACUUUACUACCAAAUGUUGAAACAGGACUGAUUGCACAAAGACCUGAAAUAGGCAUUAUGCAAGCCUUAGAAUCUCUAAAUGAUACCCAGGUAAAUGAGUUCCUUUGUGGUAAAGCUCCUUUGAACCUCAGCAUGCGACUGGGAGAUCAAAUGAUGCUCAUUCAGUUGCAGCUCAGCACAGUUUCAGGUGCUAAACCCCCAACUACACCAGGAAGUCCAGUGCCACCACCUAAUCCUCCAAGUCUCCUUCAAGCAUCCAGAAACUUACAACAUACAUUGAGGAAGUUGUCGACUGAUGUGUUUGCGGGCAGAGAUAGAGGGCGCAGGGAGAGCGUAUACUCGGGCACAUUCAGUGGAGCCCUAAAUCCGGCCCUGCAAGACACAAAAGGAAGGCCCCGCAGGGACGUAGCCACAAUAGUCCAUAUCCUGAACGAUCUCCUCUGUUCCGUACCUGAAUUCAGACGAAUCUCGAGGAGGGGGGGAUGUGACGAAGCGUCGGCCGCGAGCAACGACACAAACAACAAUUUCGAAGAACCUUCGGUACCCAGCCAACCCGCGAACGAGGAUCAAAAUUCGCGAACGAGAGGCAAACUGGAACAGUUGCGUCUCGUGAUGGGCGAGAAGAGGGAGCGCAGGCGUCAGCGCAAACAGAAACCCUAUUCGUUGCCUUCUAGUGAUAGUGACACAGUAACUGCGUAAAUUACUUUUACCCCAAGACUCUAUUGACCUUUAGUUCUGCUUCAGUGUUGGAGAUUUGUUGUUGAAUUUUCCUUGGGAGGAGCUCCCAGAUCCCCCGUUAACCCCAGUUGGCGGAUCAUUUUACUGCAUUAACGAGUCGAGUGCAGUUUCGCACUUUGCAAUUUUUUUUUUUUAGUGGAUAAGUUUCGAUUGGUGGGAAGCCGUAACUGCCAGUUCGAAACAAUUUACUGAUGAAUCCCAUAACGGAAUAGUUGUAAAUCUGUAAUUUGAAAAAAAAACAAUCACUCUACCGACUGGGCUAAAAAAAAGGUUUAAAAGAAUGGUUUGCAGCGAGUACAGUGGAAGAGUAUUUUAGUGUGAUUAUCGUAAAUAGAAUUGGUUAUGUGUAAUAUCAGAAGAAUGAAAAGAAAUUAUACAUUUGAAGCAAUAUUUUUUAAGAUCAAUAAUUGUUCGAUUUUGAUUUUUCAUAUGGUUUUUUAGAUUGAUUAAAUUAAAGUUAUGGGCUAA